AUUGGAGAGGAAAAGGACAGCAGCGGCAGCACAGCGAAGGGAAUAGAAGUGCGCUGGUGGAAAAAAAAUAAUACAGAGAAACAAAAAUCCAACAAUGAAAAGGACGCAUGAACGCUUUGUAGUUCACCAGUAACUAAACUAGUCUUUGUAUAUUGAAGUCAAUGACGUAGAAUCGUCUACGCAAGUGAUUUAAAGGUUAGCAGCUGGCUAAAGCGAGACAGGGCUGUGUCAUUGAGAAGGCAGGACACGUCAAGACGAGGAAGGGAGAAAACAAAUAGACACUCUUGACGGAUUAAAGAUCCCCGCUUCAUAAUAUCAGAUCACCGGUUUAUUCGAGCUUCUGCGUUAGUUUGCGUUGUGAUAUCUGGAACGAGUCCUCAGUCAUCGCUCGGAUCAGCCACUAAGGGCACAGGAAGCAAGAAUAACUGUGUUGGAGCCAGGUUGAACUGGAGAACAUAAAUGGGGGAUUACGGGUUUGGAGUCUUAGUGCAGAACAACACUGGCAACAAGUCUGCUUUCCCAGUACGAAUCCACCCUCACCUGCAACCCCCACACCACCACCAAAAUGCGACCGCCAGCCCUGCCGCUUUCAUAAACAGCACCCCGGCUGGGAAUGGCACCAACACCGGUUCGACAUGGCUAUUCCCGGCAGCCGGCGCUCACAGCAACAUGCAAGAUGAAAUCCUGGGCUCGGAAAAGCCCAAAGUCCAGCAGCAGGAGCUGCAAGAGACCCAAGAGAAACAACAGCAGCUCUCGCCCGGACACCAGGAGAGUGGGAUCAUCUCCGAGCUGGAAAAGGCUCGCGCUGAAGAGAUUAAAGUGGAGAGUGGGUCAUCCGACGGGACCAACGGCAAGGAGAAGCUUCGUUUGGAUUCCCCCGUGUUGACGCCCUUUGACUAUCAAGAGCCCUCGGGACUGGGAACGGCUGCCCAAUCCAGCACCUCCUCCUCCCUGACCAGUUUCAACAACUGGUCAGCUGCUAUCCCCCCCACUCCUUCCACCAUCAUCAAUGAGGACAUCAGCUUCUUCAACCCGGCGGCCUCCGCCAACAACGGCCCUCUGCUGUUCCAGAAUUUCUCCCACCAUGUGAGCCCGGGCUUCGGAGGCAACUUCUCCCCUCAGAUUGGUCCAAUCUCCCAGCACCACCCCCCCCACCCCCACUUCCAGCACCCCCACAGCCAGCACCAGCAGCAUCGGCGUUCCCCGGCAAGUCCUCACCAGCCCCCGUUCCCGCACCGCAACGCCCCCUUCGGCCAGCUGCCGCAUCUCUCCAACAGCCUGAGCAAGCCUCCCUCCCCGUGGGGCAGCUACCAGAGCCCCUCGCCCUCUCCCUCCUCCACCUCCUGGAGCCCGGGUGGGGGUUACGGCGGGUGGGGGGGGUCCCAGGGUCGCGAGUAUCGCAGAGGCCUGAAUGGAGGCAUGACGCCUCUCAACUCCAUCUCUCCGCUGAAGAAGACCUUCCCCAACAACCACAUGCCCCAGCAGAAGUACUCCCGCACCAGUCCCGGAUUCAACCCUAAGUCCUGGAUGGAUGACAGCAGGAGCGAGAAUAUCUUCCCUUUCCAGGAUCGUCCCCGUUCAUUCGAUGGCUUUAACAUGCAUUCUCUGGAGAACUCUCUGAUCGACAUCAUGAGGGCUGAGCAAGACACUCUGAAAGGUCGCCUCGGAUUCACCCAUCCCGGAGGAGACAGCACCUUGCCCAUAAAUGCAAGGAAUUAUGGGAGGCGACGAGGACACUCAUCCCUGUUCCCAAUGGAAGAUGGUUUCCCGGACGAGGAGCGAGCGGAUCAGAGCCUGCCUGGCCUGGGUUCCCCACACUGCUUCCCUCACCAGAACGGAGAGCGGGUCGAGCGCUAUUCUCGCAAGGUCUUCGUGGGUGGCCUCCCCCCUGACAUCGACGAAGAUGAGAUAACCGCUAGUUUUCGCCGCUUUGGGCACCUGUUUGUGGACUGGCCUCACAAAGCAGAGAGCAAGUCGUACUUCCCCCCGAAAGGUUACGCAUUCCUCUUGUUUCAAGAUGAGAGCUCAGUUCAAGCCCUUAUUGAUGCCUGCAUCGAGGAGGACGGAAAACUCUACCUGUGUGUUUCCAGCCCCACCAUUAAAGACAAACCUGUCCAGAUUCGCCCGUGGAAUCUCAACGAUAGUGACUUUGUGAUGGAUGGAUCCCAGCCUCUCGACCCCAGGAAGACCAUAUUUGUGGGAGGAGUGCCACGUCCACUUCGCGCAGUGGAGCUGGCGAUGAUCAUGGACAGGCUGUACGGUGGCGUGUGUUACGCCGGCAUCGACACAGACCCAGAGCUGAAGUACCCGAAGGGAGCGGGGCGGGUGGCCUUCUCUAAUCAGCAGAGCUACAUCGCUGCUAUCAGUGCUCGUUUUGUACAACUGCAGCAUGGGGAAAUUGAUAAACGGGUGGAAGUGAAGCCAUACGUCUUGGAUGACCAGCUGUGUGAUGAGUGUCAGGGGACUCGCUGUGGAGGGAAGUUCGCUCCGUUCUUCUGCGCUAACGUCACCUGUCUCCAGUAUUACUGUGAAUACUGCUGGGCGGCCAUCCACUCGCGCGCCGGCCGCGAGUUUCACAAGCCCCUGGUGAAGGAAGGAGGAGACCGACCUCGCCACAUCUCCUUCCGCUGGAACUGAAGCUGGUAAAGAGAGAGAGAGAGAGAGAGAGAGAGAGAGAGAGAGAGAGAGUCGCCGCAGAAUCAUCAUCGAAAUAAAUGCACUUUUCUGUUGCUGGUUCCUUUUUAGUUUAACUUAAAAAAAAAAAAAGACACACAAAAAAAGAUAUGAUUUUAAUUUGUCAUUUAAUAUAUUUAAAAAAAAAUGGAUGUGUAUCCGAAAAAAGAUUCAGGAAGAAAAAGAAAAUGUCUAAUCCAUCUCUCUAUUUUUUUAUAACUCCAUUAUAUUUCAUUUUUCGAGUGCACAGAGAUGUGAAUAUAUUGAGUAUUAGUAUAAUUUGUCAGUAAGUAUCUGCAUGACUUUUAGAAUUGGCUUUUUGUUAACAUUGCGAUUGGAAGUAUUACGUCCUAUUUUAAUUUAACGGAAAAGGCAAAGGAAAGCAAAGGUGCGUUGAAGAGUGCACUUGUUUCUUCGCUAGCCAGAGUGCAGAUGUGUGGUCUAAGAUCUGAGUUGUCAACCAAAGCUUGGGAUUUGAAAACAGAAGAAGCGAAUUCUCUCAACGCUCUGUUUCUUUUGAUUUUAUUUGAUUUUUUUUAUACUUUGUACUUUAAGACCAUGCUAAUCUUUAAUGUUUCCUGAUGACAACAACUGAUUCCACAACAGCUGUCUGGAUUCGAUCUCCAUUGUGACAUGCAAGAAAACUAAUACCUCAAGCUUAGCUGCUAGUUUUAAGUCGAAUAUAUAUAGAGAAAAGAAGAAAAAAUCAAAGCUGGUCUCACCCUUCCCCCCCCCCACCCCACCCCAGGACCACAGAAAAGGAAAUGACAUCAGCAAACGGCACAUUGAGAAAAUCUGCUCUGUCGCUUCCUGAUUUGAAUUGGAGAUCCAGCAAUCCUAGUGGGGAAUGUAUGUUGUUAAAGUUGCAGUAGUCUGCCUGCGAGCCGGUUCCAACGCAAGGAACUCGAUUUCGUUGCCGUCGUUCUCUCAGGCUUUUAGCGGCAAGCCUUUCGUUCUCAUUCUUUAACUCGCAAUAUGUGUCUCGUAAGCCUUUCCCCCAGCCCCCAGAAGCCCUGAGAAGAGGUGUACGUACAAGCAGAACAGCAGUGAAAGCUACGUAGAAGAGAGGAAGACCGAUCCGCUCAGCCUGAGUGUAAAGCAUAACUGAAGGUAGUCCAUUCAUCUCUCCAUCCCCCUGAAACACAACAGCUUUUACUUUCCGACAUUAGGGAACCAAAGAUGGCUGUGUAGUAGCUAGCAAAAACCACGGACGUUUCCUUUCUUUUGCCCUGCAGAUUUGAUUUCGGUUGAUUUUUUUUAUUUAUUUUUUUGGCCCCCCCAACCCCGUCAUCGUCCCAUUCAGUAUAAAGACCAGAUGGGCUCCAGCAAACCAAAGAUUGGCCUUGAAAUCGAUCAGCAUGCGGUUAAAGUCCUAGUAACACUAGUGAGAGAACCACCCGCUUUCCCAAAGGUCCAACGAAGGAGACGCGUGAGCAGUUCAAAUCAACCGAAACCGUAAAAGCGCAAAA